CCUUAUAAAUACAAUCUCUGGAGAGCGUAUGUCUCAAGUGCAACCAACCAAUUAAUAGAGAGCUAAGCAGAAAGUAGAAAGCAAGCAGGAGCUACACUAUUUAUAGUCACCAACAAUUUCAAUGGCAGCCAACACCAAGGAUCAAGAACAAAUGACCCCAGAAUUUGAACUUCCAGGAUUUAGAUUCCACCCCACAGAAGAAGAACUUCUUGAGUUCUAUCUCAAGAGCGUGGUUUUCGGAAAGAGACAGCGUUUUGACAUAAUUGGUUUUCUCAAUAUCUACCACCAUGAUCCUUGGGACUUGCCUGGGUUGUCGAAGAUUGGAGAAAGAGAGUGGUAUUUUUUUGUGCCAAGGGACAGGAAGCAUGGCAGUGGAGGAAGGCCUAACAGAACCACUGAAACUGGGUUCUGGAAAGCCACCGGCUCUGACCGCAAAAUUGUGAGCCUCUCAGAUCCAAAGAGGAUCAUUGGGCUCAGAAAGACUCUUGUUUUUUACAAAGGCAGAGCCCCAAGAGGAACCAAGACUGAUUGGGUCAUGAACGAGUAUCGUUUGCCUGAUAACUGCCACUAUCUAAAGGUAAUGGUUGCCUGGGAAUGUGUCGAUUUGAUUGGUGUCAGCCCUCGAACCUAAUACAUGCUGACUUUUAAUUAUAUCACAAAGUCUAACAAAAAGUUAAUUCUCUUUUGCAAAGUUUCAAAAACUAUAGGGAAAGAAGCAAAGUCUUGUAAUUAAGUCAAGCAUAAUCAAAGAGUCUCCAAGAAAAACAAGAGUCUUAAGCAUCUAUGUCCAUACACUUAAUGUUGGGAAGUUUCCAUGAAAAUUCUUAAAUUUGGUCAUAUGGGUUUAUUUUCUUUGUCAUUGAGUGCGCACUGUGUUUGUAUUUGCUUGGUGGAUAAUUGGCGGGUGACACCUCAUUGUUUUAUGAUAAAUGUCAUAUAUUAGGUGUGAGAAUCCGGUGCAGUGUGUCAGGCGCACACAAUAAAUUUUGCCAUUAUCAGCCGAUAUAAACAACAAUUACGCUCGAUUAACUUUAGUGCAAUUAGUUUGAUCUUAUUUAUUUUCACAUCUAAUUCGGGUCUCAUUUGCUAAUUACACUACUAAAAUGACAUAGCUUAAUAGAUGCGUGUCACCAAACAUUUGAUGAGUAAUCUUUGAUUAGGUAGUUUGAUAUAUAGGUCAAUUCGCAUUUAA